AUGCUCCAGAGUCCAGUCAGUCCAGAAAGCCCGGACGUCAAGCAUGGCGCGCGGCCUUUCGCAAGAAUACACAAUUAUGAAGCAGGGCUGGAAGUUGCCGAGAACCAGAAUCGCGAGAAAAACGACCUAGACCCGGUCGUGGUACUCAGCUCGCCCGUAGAGACCGACUCACCGCUGUUCAUAACACAUGGGCGCUGGGCAGAAGCACCGCAACCGAUAGAUUCCACUUCCCCACAAGCGAUGGGCGACGCAGCACUCGAGGCACAUCGCACAACCACCACACAACCGGAAUCCGAUGCGGCAAAAACCGAGAAGGGCUCGACACUAGUUGAUAGUGAAGAGGGGGGGCCUAGACGUUGGUGUGGACUCGGUCGCAAGGUGAUGUUGCUCAUCAUCGUUUUGGUGAUACUUUUGGUGGCCGCGAUCAUUGGUGGCGCUGUUGGAGGUACGCUGGCGAAAAAGAGUGCGAAGUCAACGCCAGUAACAGACAACAAUGCAGACACACCCCAGUCAAGUACUGCCAGUCAAUCAACCACUGCCAGUGCAAGACGAUCGGGCGAUAGCCCGACAGCUACAGAGGCAACCGGACCCCACGUCCGCUUCCGUCUGCAAACCUACGACGACUAUGAGUACAGGGGAAAAAUCCAGGUUUUUGAAGAUCCCGGCCUCUUCAAACCCAAAUGGGACAUACUCUCAUACAACUGGACGCCCGCUAGGAGUGGUGACCUGGAGGACACGUCCCUUCUGCGUUGCUCGGUGGCCUUUUGUGCAAAUCAAACCGUCCUGGGGUGGCGGGGCGCUUCCAUCAUGGAACAGCCGGGCAGCACGAGCGCAAAUCACUCUGCCAACUUCAUUCACAUUGCGUGUGACCAGAUGUACCUGAACCCAGAGUGCAUGGGUUUGGGUGACCCCGAUGCUACGUCGUGGGCCACAACAAAGGAUGACUACUCGCAGGUCCCGUCGGCUACGCCGACGACGGAUGGUGAUACGGAGUCAACAAGGUCGACCACGUUGGCCACGACUACGCCACCGCCGAAGUCUAGAUCCAGUUUCAGUUCCAACUCAAAGUCGACCUCUGGUUCUGGGUCCAGCCCAGAUACUAGUUCGGCUGCAAAGACUCAAGCCUGAUUUAGUUUGUACACAGCGUUCACUAAGAUACCUCUUCGUUAUUCAAUGUUAUUCCAUUCA